AUUUUAUGCAGUCACUUCCGCCGGAAACGUCUAAGCUUUUGUUUUGGAAAGCUACUAGCCACGGUCGCCAUUAUUCUUCCUGGCUUGACGUUCGAUAAAAAGACAUUUAUUUGACUUUUAUCGUAUAUUUUUGAAGCAAACUGCACAUCUUCAUUUUUUUUAUACGACCCGUUUAUUCAAACGCGAGUUUGCAACGCUGACCAGGGGCCAAAGAAUGGAGAGGCGGUCCGAGGGUGUCGGUGCUGGAUGGGCUCUCCCACUGGCCUCCCUUCGCCUGAUGGCCUCCCCGCUGCAGCUGACGUACUCGUUCAUGUGGCAGGUGAUCCGCCAGAGAAACGUCAGUCAGUACAAGAAGGUGGAGGAGUUUGUCACCACGGUGACGCAAACCGUUCCGGAGCUCAUGAGUUUCAAGCAGACGGCGCAGCUCGUCUUGGGCUUGCGGGCGAGGAUCAUUUUGGAUUUGCUCCAGGGGGAGGGCCAACCAGACUCCCGCGCUAUUCAAACGCUAAUAAAUAAACUCAAGAUCGCUCCACCUGUAGGGGACGUGGAAGUGGACAAAUGUCAAACCAACUUCAUGGUGCUGGUCCAGAAUCUGCUGAAAAGCCCCGCAGAGAGGAAGCUCUUCUUUAAGGAAGUGUUCCCGGUUCAGUAUGGCACAAAGUUUGACACGGCGCUGCAGACUCUGAUCGCCGGCCUGGUGUGCAAGUUGGAGCAGUUGCUUCCCGUUCCCAAUCUCUCCCAGCUCAGUUCCAUGAUUUCAUCGCAACCGGCUAUGCUGGAGGCAUGCGGCGGCGUCAUCCCCCAAGGCGGCGACCUCAAGACUCUCCUCCUGUACCAGCAGUCCAGAGGACUGCUAUCCGGUAAAGCAACCAUCUCGUCUUCAGUGGGCGACUGCGUGCUCUCGUCCCUCGCCUUCCGACCCAAACCCGUCGAGCCUCCUCCUUCUCCGCCGCCGCCUCCUCCGCCGCCGCAGCCCGCGGUGAGCCCUCCGGUCACGAGCCCGCUCACGCUCACCGACCACGACGACUUAGGCGACAUGUCAGACGAUUCGGAGGACGCGGAGGUCGCCGUCGUCGCCUCGCAGGUCGACACCGCCGCCGGGAGCGCGGCCGCAAAAAGCGUCGCCGAUCCGGCGGCGGUUUCCGAGGUGGAUCUGGAGCAAAGCGAAAAAGCCGACGAAGCGGCGGCGCCGGACAAGUCCGAACCGCCGCGCCCGCCCGUGAAAUCCAUCCCCUUUAAAGUCGUGACCGUGCCCAGGAAAACGGCGUCGCCCAAUUCCACCGUCACCAAGGACGGCCAAAAGGUCCAAACGCAGCGCGUCACCCUGCACCAGUGGGUGUCAAAGAUCGCCACCAACACCAUCGCCCUCCCGGCCUUGCCGCCGCUGCCCCUGGACCGCUUCAGCGACGACGACUACUCGCGGCCGAGCAUCCGGCGAAAGAAGCAAAUCCGCCCCCCCGCCGACCGCUUCAACUGCAGCAUGUGCGACAAGAGCUUCCCUUACCAGUCCAAGCUCAUGGACCACGAGCGCAUCCACACGGGCGAGAAGCCCUUCGCGUGCACGUCGUGCAGCAAAAGCUUCCGCACGCAGGCCUUCCUCAACAACCACCUGAAGACGCACAGCACGGCGCGGCCGUACGCCUGCGGCCAGUGCGGCAAAUGCUUCGCCAAGCUGCAGAGCCUCACCAAGCACAUGCUGGCCCACAGCGGGCAGAAGCCCUUCUACUGCGACAUCUGCAACAAGGGCUUCACGCAGUCCACCUACUUCAAGCGGCACAUGGAGUGCCACACCAGCCAGAUGACCUUCCCGUGCAAGCACUGCAACAAGAGCUUCCCCACCGCCUUCAAGCUGGCCAACCACGAGCGCUGGCACACCCGCGACCGCCCGCACAUGUGCGAGCGCUGCGGCAAGCGCUUCCUGGUGCCCAGCCUGCUGAAGCGACACAUGGGCUACCACAUCGGCGACCGCCAGUACCUCUGCUCCCAAUGCGGCAAGACCUUCGUGUACCUGUCGGACCUGAAGCGGCACCAGCAAGACCACAUCCCCAAAGCCAAAAUCCCCUGCCCCGUGUGCCAGAAGAAGUUCUCCAGCAAGUACUGCCUGAGGGUGCACCUGCGGAUCCACACCCGCGAGCGGCCGUAUCGCUGCUCCAUCUGCGAGAAGAGCUUCACGCAAGUGGGCAACCUGAAGGUGCACAUCCGGCUGCACACCAACGAGCGGCCCUUCAGCUGCGACGUGUGCGGCAAGACGUACAAGCUGGCGUCGCACCUCAACGUCCACAAGCGGACUCACUCGCGCAAGAAGCCGUGGAUCUGCGAGACGUGCGGGAAGGGCUUCACCAUGCCGGGCCUGCUCAAGAACCACGAGCAGUUGCACCUGCGCGAGGCCGACCCGGACUUCGCCGCCAAGCGUAGGACCAGGGCCAAGCAGAAGAAAAACGCCCUCAAGAGGAAGUUUGACGAGGAGGAGGAGGAGGAAGGCAUCGAUGAUUUUUAAAGGAGGCGGUCGUGUAUUCUUUAUCCUCUGCGUAGAGCAACUAAUAUUAGUGCCGUGUCGAUGAGCUGAGAGAAGAGCUGAGACGUCUCAAGGCACGGUAUUCGUCUUUUGUGUACUGCCUCCAAGUGGUCAAGUCAGGCCAUUCGAUUGAUGCAGUGUGACAAAAGCUGAAAUUCUUUCACAUUUUUACUUUGUCGUUACUGUGUGUUUUGUAUAGAGUACAAUAUUACGGUGUGCUGUUUUUCAUCCAUCAAAAUAUACUUAAAAGCAUUUUUGGAGGGGAGCGGGGUGGCAACAAAUGCAAUUUUUAUUUAUUUCAAUUGGAAAAAAAUAUUUGUUUUAAGUUACAAGAGUGGGACAGAACAAAUUGAACCCUUAUCACAAGGCGCCACCGUAUUUUGUCGGCAAGCUUCUUGAACUUUUCUUUUUUUACUCCUUCCUCAAUAGUUUCCCCUCUACCAGCAAGAUUAUUUUUGUACCGGGAUGCAAUGAAAGAUCUGAAAGGCAAGCAUGGCUCUUGCCUCUGAAUCGUUUUCAUUGGUAAAAGAAAAUGUGAGAUCAAACGUUAGAAUUUUUUUCUUUUGUUGUAUUGCAGUGCAUGUGAAUGUCACACGUGUUAUUGUUUUGUUUUUUUAACACAUACAGCACAUCUCUGCUUCUUUUCGGGUGGGGGGGGGUAACUAUAGUUUGCUUUCAGUUAGGCGCCCGUGCGUUAGUGAUUAUAAGUAUAACCAGACUCUAUAUUUCAUUGUACUAGUAUUUGAUUUCUUUCUUUUAAUUUUAUAAUUGAAACGUGGUAAAAUUGUCAAAUGCGUUACCCCAGUUAGAACAUUAAAAGUGAGAGCGAAGGAUUA